UCCUUCCCUGAUUUAAACCCAGGUAGCCUGCACUGUAGCUGGUAUCUGGUGUCCCCACCUCGCCUCCCUCCAGCUGCCCCCAAGACAUGCAGGGGCUGUGGGUGCUGCUGCUGCUAGGCCUGAGGCUGCAGCUCUCCUUGGGCGUCAUCCCAGUUGAGGAGGAGAACCCAGGCUUCUGGAACCGCCAGGCAGCUGAGGCCCUGGAUGCUGCCAAGAAGCUUCAGCCCAUCCAGAAGGUCGCCAAGAACCUCAUCCUCUUCCUGGGCGACGGGAUGGGGGUACCCACAGUGACAGCCACCAGGAUCCUAAAGGGGCAGAGUAAUGGCAAACUGGGGCCUGAGACGCCCCUGGCCAUGGACCGCUUCCCAUACGUGGCUCUGUCCAAGACAUACAAUGUGGACAGACAGGUGCCAGACAGCGCAGCCACAGCCACAGCCUACCUGUGCGGGGUCAAGGGCAACUUCCAGACCAUCGGCCUGAGCGCAGCCGCCCGCUUUAACCAGUGCAACACGACCCGCGGCAACGAGGUCGUCUCCGUGAUGAACCGGGCCAAGAAGGCAGGGAAGUCUGUGGGAGUGGUGACCACCACACGGGUGCAGCACGCCUCACCGGCCGGCACCUACGCACACACGGUGAACCGCAACUGGUACUCAGAUGCUGACAUGCCUGCCUCGGCCCGCCAGGAGGGCUGCCAGGACAUCGCCACGCAGCUCAUCUCCAACAUGGACAUUGACGUGAUCUUGGGCGGAGGUCGAAAGUACAUGUUUCCCACGGGGACCCCAGACCCUGAGUACCCAAGUGAUGCCAGCCAGAACGGAAUCAGGCUGGACGGAAAGAACCUGGUGCAGGAAUGGCUGGCGAAGCACCAGGGUGCCCAGUAUGUGUGGAACCGCACUGAGCUCAUGCAGGCUUCCCUGGACUCCUCUGUGACCCACCUCAUGGGCCUCUUUGAGCCCGGAGACACGAAAUAUGAGAUCAACCGAGACCCCACACGAGACCCCUCCUUGAUGGAGAUGACGGAGGCCGCCCUACGCCUGCUAAGCAGGAAUCCCCUCGGCUUCUACCUCUUCGUGGAGGGCGGCCGCAUCGACCAUGGUCAUCAUGAGGGCGUAGCUUAUCAUGCACUGACGGAGGCGGUCAUGUUUGACGAUGCCAUCGAGAGAGCGGGCCAGCUCACCAGCGAGGAGGACACGCUGACCCUUGUCACCGCUGACCACUCCCAUGUCUUCUCCUUUGGUGGAUACACCUUGCGAGGGAGCUCCGUCUUCGGGCUGGCCCCCAGCAAGGCUCAGGACAGCAAAGCCUACACGUCCAUCCUGUAUGGCAAUGGCCCAGGCUACGCGUUCAGCUCAAGCGUGCGACCAGACGUGAACGAGAGCGAGAGCGGGAGCCCCGAUUACAAGCAGCAGGCGGCGGUGCCCCUGUCGUCUGAGACCCACGGAGGCGAAGACGUGGCGGUGUUCGCGCGCGGCCCGCAGGCGCACCUGGUGCACGGCGUGCAGGAGCAGAGCUUCUUAGCACACAUCAUGGCCUUCGCCGCCUGCCUGGAUCCCUACGCGGCCUGCGACCUGGCGCCCGCCGCCGGCACCACGGGUGCCGCCCCUCCAGCCAGCACCACCGACGCCGCCUCUCCCGCCGGCACCAUCAACUCCGCGCCUCCUGCCAGCACCAGCAACGCCGCCCACCUGGCUCCCCAGUCGCUGCCUCUGCUGGCUGGGACCCUGCUGCUGCUGCUGGGGGCGGCCACUGCUCCCUGAACGCCCUACCCUGGAGUUCUCCUGCUCCCCACCUCCAGGGGUCCUGCCCUGGUCCCCGUCCCGAGCUGCUACUUCCAGAGAACACACACCGGUGUCCUGCCGCUGGACCUUCACCUCCUAGAGAUAAACCAGACUCAACUAGUGCAGCGCUGCCCUUUGCUCCGUAUCCCCCGCAGGGAGCAGAAGCACAGGGAGCCGGGGGAGCUGAGCCUGGAAUUCCCAGGACCAACCCCCCCCCACCCCGCCCCCAGCUGCUAUCUGAUUCUUCCUCCCAACCCCAGAGACUGCAGAUUUGUGCCAUGCGGCUGCCACCCAGCCCCCACCCCGCCUCUAGCCUGAGGAGGACCAAACAGGCAUGGACCCAGAGAUGUCUUCCCACCCGGGACAUGACACACUCAGACCGUGUGCCCCCCACCCCCCGUUCUUAGCUUCAAUCCUGGCAGCUAAGGACUUGAGUGCAUCAGGACACCUGGAGAAGAGCAGCUUCCCACCACCCUGCAACCCACCUUCUAACCCUGUAACCCACCCAAGGAGGCUCUGGGGUUGGGAUCCCCGGGGGGCCUUGACACAGUCCUCUGCUGUUUCCCCACUGGGAUAAUUCCACAACCCUGCACCUGACCAGGGGACCAAUGAGGCAGACGCUUGCCCCAAGUCGAGACCACUCAGAUGCUCCCAGCCCCCCAUGCCCAUUCCAGUUAAGGAUAUCCAAGGAGCACUUGGGGAGCUCUGGGUGCAGGGCAGCAGCCCCGCCCCAGAGCCCGUGGCCCCUCCCAGGACAUCUGAACUCUGGGCAUAGAUUUCUCAACAAGGAAGACUCCCCUGCCUCCUCAAGGCCUCCAUUUUCCUGGGAGACAAAACAAUAAAUAAUAAAAGGAAGUGUUAGACAAUGUAA